GUGGGAGGAAUAGUGUCCCAUCAUUGGUGUCAGUGGGAAGAAUCGUGCCCCAUCAUUAGUGUCAGUGGGAGGAUUAGUGCCCCAUCAUUGGUGUCAGAGGGAGGAAUAGUGCCCCAUCAUUGGUGUCAGAGGGAAGAAACGUGCCCCAUCAUUGGUGUCAGAGGGAAGAAACUUGCCCCAUCAUUGGUGUCAGUGGGAGGAAUAGUGCAAUAUCAUUGGUCUCAGUGGGAAGAAUCGUGCCCCAUCAUUGGUGUCAGUGGGAGGAAUAGUACCCCAUCAUUGGUGUCAGUUCGAGGAAUAGUGCCCCAUCAUUGGUGUCAGUGGGAAGAAGAGUGUCCCAUCAUUGGUGUCAGUAGGAAGAAUAGUGCCCCAUCAUUGGUGUCAGUGGGAAAAAUAGUGCCCCAUCUUUGGUGUCAGUGGGAGGAAUAGUACGUCAUUGGUGUCAGUGGGGGGGAAUAGUGCCCCAUCAUUGGUGUCAGUGGGAGGAAUAGUGUCCCAUCAUUGGUGUCAGUGGGAAGAAUAGUGCCCCAUCUUUGGUGUCAGUGGGAGGAAUAG